UAUUGUUGAUAUUAGAUGCUUUUUUAUUUCAUCACAAUUUAUUUGUUAUUUAACUUCUUAAGUAAUAAAUACAUUAAUAUCGGUAAAAUCUAAGACAAGUUAAACCACGCUGUGAACUGAUUAGGAGUCUAAAAGAGCGUGGAUUGCACUGUGACCAAUAAUGUCUGCGUCUCUGGCAGACUUAAUGCAGAAACUUAGUACUACACAGUAUUCCAUUGGCUCACAGCAUUGGGUGAAUGUAACACAUAUAACCGAUCCUGGCGAUUUCUACGUCCGUCCAACAGCUUACAGAGAUUAUUUGCCUAUUUUAAAACAACAUCAAGGACCUGCUGAUGCUAUGAGGCUUCAUCUUGGCAGCAAUGUUGUGUUUAAAUCAAAAACAAAUAAGCAUCAUGUUAGAGGACAAAUCAGAAACAUAAGAAAUGAGAAUGAGGCAACUUUAUAUGACUUGUUCGCUCUAGAUUACGGCUUUACAGAAUCUGUGGCUAUAGAAGAUUUGAAGAAGCCUUUAGAUGAAUCCCCAGUGCCAUCUCUCGUCUUACAUUGUCAACUAGGAGAUUGCCAACCAAAAAACAAUGAUUCUUUUGAUGAAGAAGCUAUUGAAGCUAUGGUUUACUAUGUAGGUGAUGAAAGAGCUAAAAUGAUAGUCCAAGGAAAAACUGGUGAUAAAUACAUAGUGCAACUGAUCAAUACAUGCCCUGAAGACAUUGCAACUAUGUUGGCAUUAACAGAAUACACAUGUUUCGGUUACGGGAACAAUGUUAUAAGCCGAAUACCCACCAUAGACCAACCGAAACUAUACUAUACAUACAAAAAAGUUAAAGUAGGAGAUACAUUAAAUGUCAGAGUGCAAUCUGGGGACUCCUUAAACAGUUUUUAUGUUUGUGAAAUUGACGAUCACAACCAGUAUAUCAAAGAGUUGAACAACUUGAAAGAAUACUAUUAUUUAGAGCAGGAUUUUAUCGCUGAAAACUUGAAGUGUGGUAAAGCUGUCGCUGUGUUUUCGGACUGGUACUCGAGGUACGAGCGAGCGAUUAUAACGGAUGUCAUUAUUCCAGAGAAAAAAGCUGUUGCUCAACUAAUUGAUUGGGGUAUUAAAACUGACAUCUACAUGGAUGCUACGCGGCUCAAAACAAUGUCUAGGGAAUAUUAUUUUUUGAGACCGGCAAUGGCCAUCUACUGCACGGCUGAUGAGAAACAGGUAUGGGACAAUACAUUACGCAGAUACCUGUAUCCGGGACAUGAAUUUGUGGUAACAGUUAAGAAGGUUGGAUGUCAACUUGAUACGCCUUGUGUUGUAACUAUAUCUAAACAGCAGAAAUGAAUUACAGAGUGGUUAUGUGACAUUCUCAGGAAAAGGUAUCACUUAAUAAGAUUGAUUUCAAUAGCACUAAUUUGGUAAAUGACAUAAUGGGUACUCUUUUUUGAGAAUGACAAUAUAUAUAGUUAUAUUUAUAAGAUUAUAAGCAACUGAUCAGUUAUGAAGUUAUUUAAAUACUUUAAGUUUAUUUAUAAGUCUAAGCUUAAAUGUAUAAUUUAACACUGUUAUUGUAACGUUAUGUGAUUAUAAUUAAUAAUUAUUUAUUUCAAAUUUCAGUCAUAGCCAGACAUAGGAAUCCGCGGGGCAAAUUGUGAAUUAAGACUUUAUGUUUGUGCAUUUAUGGUGCUAAUUAGAACAAAAUAGUUAAAAAUUAGUUUUUAAUUACCUAAUCGUUUUAAAACAGCCUAUAUUUUGUUGUAGUUAGUGCCAUAAGUGCACAAACAUAAAGUCUUAUUUCAUAAUUUGCCCCGCGGAUUCCUAUGUCUGCCUUAGAAAAUAGUCAUUUUGACAGGGGAAGUUGUAAUAUCGAUUCCGUCUUUUGUCUAGUAUAGUCAACUGUAAAAAUAUAGGUGCACAAAUCAUCUCAAUAAUAUGACCCAUAUGCUCUUAUGUCGGCGAAUUAAGAACUAGGGGACAUAUUUUUGAAUAAGUUGGCUACACCCAUAUCACAGAAUAACUAUAUAAUCCCAUUUUUUACAUUUGACUGUACCUACCAUCGCCCUCACUGUAGGCUGCCCAUCGGUGGACCUUAUACCUUUUGUAAUAAGGUCCCCGAUGACAGUUAAUGUUUGUACAUACAUACAUACAUACAUACAUACAAUACAAGUAAUGAUGCCGUGCCUUUUAAUAAAAAUAUAAUUAAAACAAUUUUAGACUUCAGGGGAAAAACAUAGACAUUCUAUUUCAUAAUAAUUAAUAAUUACAAAACAUACAUAAUUGACUUUUAUAUUAAUGUCCAUACUACGUAAGUUAUCGUAACAUAUCGGUCGACCGUACUUUGUGAUUUAAAAAAAAGAUAAAUGCAGUUAAUUAUCGCGAUAAUUGGAGUUUUGUUAUCUGCCUCACCAUCGCUCUUAUACUAUUUGAGCGAUACCUAUAGUUUGUUUUUUUAACAUUAGAAAGAACUGCGCAGAAGUAAGCUUGUGGUUCCAAAUCCGACACUUAUAGCGGUAAUAAUUUGAAAUAAAUUAUAGUAACAGCACCAGUCAUGGGACAUUUAAGAGGAAAUUUGGAGUAUUUGUGAUAUUUCCCUAAUACAUGUGAAUGGUCUACCGCUUAGCGUAUUGAAAGAUGAAAGUCCUACCCGUCUUUCAUGUUUCAGGCGUGUUGUAUCAAAGAUACUGCAAUGAGUUUCUACAUACUUAACAAAUUAAAACUAUGCUAUUUUUCUCCAGUCAUGGACACCAAAGCUCCAGUAAUGGGCCCCCCAGUAAUGGACACUGCUCUAUCAGUAUAAAAUAUUGAAAUAGGUUAUCAGAUCUGGUCCAUGUUAUCAUAAUAUUGCAUUAUCAUCCGAUUUGCAUAUUUAAUUACGAAUACAAAAUUUCAACUCAAUCGGAAAACGGGAAAGUGGCUCAAACUCGGCUACCAAGAUUUGACCCACACUAAAAACGAUAUUAAUUUAUCCGAAGUCCGAGCAUACCUCCUGGUUGACAUAUUUCGUAACUACAUUUUACUUCUGUAUUGUUUAAACAUGAAAUGAUGGCAUGGCAAGCAUCAUUAUGUAAAUUGCCCAUUAUAGGAGGUAUGCAGUUUUACAGCUCCUAUAAUGGGAUUGGGCCAAAUACCACUAUUUUUUUACAUCUGUGGAGUCACAACAUAGUAUGUUGUAUACCUUAUCUCAUUGUAAAUGCAAUUAACAAAACACAUUCUAGUUUUCAGCAAGUAUUAAUUAACUAAAAUUUAAUAAAUUAACUCACCUCUCUUAGCGAAGUUGUUAAGAAUUCGUAGUGGUAUUUUUUUUCAGUGACACGACAACUGUUGGGUUGACGCCAAUUUCUUAAAAAACAACCAAAUUUAAUAAAAAUUCAAACUGAAACAGCUCUAGGACUCUUAUUUAUGAUAAUAUACAGGCAGUGUUUAUAAACUACUUUUAGACACUUAUUUUACAGGAUUUGUGGUUUUUUGUCCCAUUACUGGUUCCACGCCCAUCAUAGGGUACACUACUAUAUAUGUAUUGACCAUGUUACAUUAGAUAAUUCAAUAAUUAUUAACAAUUAAAGAGCCUGACAAAAACUGCACGCUUGCUUCUGUGGAGUUCUUUCUAAUGCUAAAAAAAACGAACUAUACUUAGGGAUAGGUAAUGAAAUUUCGAUUUCAGGUAUUAUAGAAAUUUAGAAUAAGGUCUUAAAUUUUUCUCUGGACUCUUCGAUUACUGUACCCACCUAACUAAUUUUCUGUUC